UCUUGUUAAACUCUGGUCAGAUCUGAUUUCUUCCUUUGCUUUGUCAAUUGUUAUUUUCUGUGAGUGAGUAAAUUUUGUGGACACAAUAUAAUUGUGACAAUUGUCUCAACUUUACCAUCACCAAGCACAGUUGAAUUAAUCAACUGUUUUAAUAUCGUCGUCCCGUUAAUCGGCUAAUUCCUGAUUCAUUUUCACUUGUGUGUGAUUUAUUAUAUAUUACAUAUCUUCCAGUGUGUUGAGUGAUCCAAUUCUCUCACCAAAUUUUAAUCAUCACCACAAACACAACAAUUAAAUACUCAUAUUAAUCAUGACGACAAUCCGGAUACUUUUGGUAAUCUCUUGUUUGGCCACAGUCGCUCCCGCUGCAGUUAAACGUGAUGAAUUUGGUGGUGCAAAUCCCUCCGCUGACCAUCCUAACACCAGUUCAGGUCAAAACUAUCAGGCAGGUAGCUCAGGUUCAUCCCCAGGAAACCUGUACUACUACUAUUAUCCUGUUGGAGACAAGGGGAAGGAACAUGGAUAUCAGGCCAGUUCAUCCAACCAGUUUACCAGCUCAGUGACACCAGGUAACGGUAAUUCGGGUUCUAGUGAAUCCGGUUCUCCUCAUACCUCUGCCCUGGAGACACCGACAAGUGGCCAAGAUUUAAGCUAUUCAGCUCAAGAUCUAAGCUAUUCUGCCCAAAAUCUUGGACAACAAGGAAACUUGGGUCAAUCUGGUGGUUCAAGUCCCGUUGGUGAUUAUUCAAAUCAAGCCGGUUCAUCUAAUUACGAUCAAUUAAGUAGCAUUGCCAGUCAACUUCAACAAUACGGUUUCGGAUCAGGUUCAUCAGGCAAUUCAGCUUUUGCUCCAAACAAUGGUGCUGGAUACUCACCUUCAGGUUCAUCUUAUAAUUCAGGAAAUAGCUACAAUUUAAAUAGCGAUGCAAAUGGUGCUGGCUACUCUUCAGGCUCUGGCUCAGGUCCAAGUAGCUCCUCUUUCCCAGGUUCUGGUAGUGACGCCUCAGGGCCUUACUCAUCUUCUGGACCUGUUCCCGGUUUCAGUGGACCCGCUGGUUCAGGUGCCCCAGGCGGAUAUGGUGGACAACCAGGUUCAAUUCCAUACGCUUCACAAGGUGGUUACAGUCCAUACCAAUCUCAUGGCGGUUAUGAUACUUAUCCAGCAGCAUCCAACAAUCAUGCCGCUUAUGAACCACCAGCAACCGGAUAUCGACGAUAUGGAAUCGGUUCAGCCAUCUUACCAAUCCUUGCACUCGCCGGAUUAUCACUUCUCAUUCCAACUGUAACCUCACUUUCAACCGCUGCCACUGGCCGUAAACGACGAUCAAUCGAUACACCAGCCAAAGAUGCAGGUCUUGGUGCCUACUUUGAUCGUAUCGAACGAUACUAUUCACUAUACAAAAACGCCGUUGAACGGGAAGAAUGUAUGAAUCGAAUUCUCUGUGAGCUUGGUGAUGCCAUGAGUAACGUUCGAGGAAAAUCAACCUUAUUUAAUGUCAUGGAGAAAGUUGCUCCAACAUGGAUGAACAAUAAGGUUGGUGCCCUUAAAAGCGGUGCUAUUUCAGCCGAGUACGGAAAAUGUAAAAAAUACACUUGCCAGUAAGAGUAAAGGUUAAUCGUAUUUUUUAAUCAACACUAGAGAAAAUUAAAAAAAAACCUCUCCACCUCCACCAUCACAUCACCAACCAAAACCACCGCCAAAACAGUUAAAAACUUCAUCAAAGUUUCUCAAUCAAAAUGUUUGGAAGAGAAAAUUAAAAAGAAGAAGAGAAAAAAAAAGAAAAUCAAAUUUACUAUCAAACGUUUAAGUUAAUGAUUAAAAGAAAUCAAAGUUACACUAUGGAAAUGAAAAAAAGAAAAGCGGAAUUAGGUCACUUUCAUCAUCGUCGUCCAUUGGUUUUUAAUUGCGUCCACUACACACAAAUGAAACAACCCACCUAGGAAACAACAAAGUAUAUAAGACAAUUAAUAAUCAAAUUUUUCUUCUAAUUUAAUUAAGACAAACAAUUAAUUUAUCAACACAAAAAAAUCACAAUCAAGUCUUAACCCAAUUUGUUUAACAAAGUGAUGGCGAUGACAAGAUUAAUCGGAUGAUCACCAACGCAACAAUUAAAUGACCAACGAAGCUACAAAACAAAACAUUAAUUUUGAUAAUAAUAUAAUAACAAUUAAUUAAUAAUAAUAUAUAAAUAAUAUAUAUGUAAACUUAUAAAUAAUAUUGAAUAAUAAUAAUUAGUGGCCUCGCAAUGGCCAUUUAAAAUCAA